UCAUAGUAUUAAUUAUAGUAAGUUGUUGGUUCAAUUAUUAGUCAAAAACGAUGGAACUAAAACAAAUGAUUUUCUUUUCUUACCAAAUUACUUGUUUCUACGUUUGUGUGCUAAUACUAACAUUAGCCACAGCCCAAAACACAACUAAAGUCACAAAGCCAGGAUGCACUAAGCAGUGUGGAAACGUUAUGGUUCCAUACCCAUUUGGUAUUGGCUCAGGUUGCGCCUAUGAUUGGGGGUUCGAGCUGCGGUGUAACACAUCUAAUGAUGGCUCUCAGAAACUCCUCAUAGGAAGUAACAUUGUGGUGUACAACAUCACCGAUGCUGAAUUGCGUAUCUCCAAUUCAAUCGGUUGGAGAUGUUACAACUCCACUGGAGCUGUGCUCGAUGAAUCACUUGCUUGGACCAGAUUUUUAGAAACAACACCGUAUAGUUUCUCUGCGCUCAACAGGUUUACAGUAGUUGGUUGCGAUGACUAUGCUUCCAUCACAGGGCCUAAUAACUUUGUGUAUGGCUGCAAUGUCAGCUGUACAAGCACAAGGGAUGUGGUAGAAGGAGAGUGUACGGGAAAAGGCUGCUGCCAGACGCAGAUACCCAAGGGCUUGAAAUACUAUAACACAACCAUGUCUAGCACACAAAACCAUACCGAUGUUUGGUCCUUCAAUUCAUGUUUGUAUGCAUUUCUGGGCGAGGCGGAUCACUUCCAUUUCCGGGGCUUGCCAGAUAUAGCUGAUGAUCGAACUGUUAAUUAUUUGUAUGAGAGGAUUAAAGCUAAUGUCCCCAUCGUGCUCGAUUGGGCCAUCGGGAGUCUUGCUUGCACGCAAGCUUUGAAAACAGAGGAUUAUGCUUGCCGUGAAAAUAGCUACUGCAUUGGUUCGGAUACUGGUCUUGGCGGAUACCGCUGCAGCUGUAAUCCAGGUUAUCAGGGUAAUCCUUAUCUCAAUCAAGGUUGCCAAGAUAUUGAUGAAUGUGCAAAUAACAGUUUUUGUGAAAAGAUGUGCAUAAAUACCCCAGGAAGUUUCAAUUGUUCUUGUCCCCAUGGAUAUACUGGUGACGGCAAAAAGGAUGGCCGUGGUUGUAUUGCUCCUUACCAUGAUCAGUUUCCAUGGAUCAAGGUCUCCGCAGGUACUGGAGUUGGGUUAAUCACCCUAGUAGUUGUGAUAACUUUGCUCUAUAUUUGCAUCAAGAAAAGAAAGUUGAUUCAAAUCAGGGAGAAGUUUUUCAAACAAAACGGUGGUUUAUUAUUGAAGGAAAGAAUAUCCAAAAAAGAGGGUGGUGUAGAAGCAACAAGAGUUUUUACAGCUGAGGAGCUCAAGAAAGCUACAAACAAUUAUGCCAAUGACAGAAUUCUUGGUCAUGGUGGCAAUGGGAUUGUAUAUAGAGGUGAACUACGUGAUAAUCGCAUAGUUGCCAUUAAGAAAUCUAGAAUCGUGGAUGAGAGUCAAAUUGAGCAGUUUAUCAAUGAGGUGGUUAUUCUCACUCAAAUCAACCAUCGAAACGUGGUGAAGCUAUUUGGGUGUUGUUUGGAAGAUGAAGUUCCUUUAUUGGUUUAUGAGUAUGUCUCUGAAGGAAAUCUUUACGAGCACAUUCACAACCAACGCGGAGGGGGUUGGUUAACUUGGAAAAACCGUGUGAGGAUUGCAGCAGAGAUUGCCACUACACUUGCUUAUCUUCACUCGUUUGCAUCCAUGCCUAUAAUUCAUAGAGACAUUAAGUCUGCCAACAUAUUGUUGGAUAGUGGUUACACAGCUAAAGUGGCAGAUUUUGGAGUAUCAAAAUUAAUUCCUCUAGAUCAGACACAUGUGGCUACAUUGGUUCUAGGGACAUCAGGGUACUUGGAUCCUGAAUAUUUUCGUACAAGUCAACUGACUGAGAAAAGUGAUGUUUACAGCUUUGGAGUAGUUCUGGCAGAACUUUUGACAGGGUUGAAACCUAUUAUUAGAGCUAGAGAUGAAGACAACAAGAAUUUGGCCGAUCUUUUGGUGUUGUCCAUGAAUAAGAAUAGCUUGUUUGAUAUUAUUGAUGGUCGUAUUUUGCAGGAAGGGAGUCAUGAGCAACUCCAAAAGAUGGCUGAGUUGGCGAAGAAGUGCCUUCAGCCGCAUGGAGAAGAUAGGCCUACAAUGAAGGAAAUGUCUAUCGAGCUUGAAGGUUUGAGGAAGGUAACUGGAAUCUCUUCUUCUAGUCAACAUGAACAGGAUGAAAAAGCAGAUCAUUACUCGGUCCCGAUUAACUCUUACAAAAAUAUCCCCAAUUCAGUUAGUUCUUGUAUAAUGCAUCCUACAUACAAUACAAGUUAUCUGAACAUUCCACUAGGGGAAGGAAAAGUGGGGACUGUUAAGCAAUCAUUCACUGGGAACACUUUAGUCGAAUGCGAGUGCAUCGAAGGGAAGGAAAAUCCAAAGAGAAAGGUGUCUCAGCUGAUAGCAGGGCAGGAUCAACUGAAGCAUGAAUUGGAGGAAAUGACUGGGAGAGUGAGCAACAAAGAUGCUGAAAUUGCUAUACUCAAAGCUGAGUUGCUCAAGGCGCAGACUGAGGGAUGUCCCUCUGAAAUUCAAGUGCUGCAUAGGCAGAAUGAGGAACUGAGGGCCAAGAUUGCUGCAUUGCAGGAAAAGGCAUUCAAGGAUAAUGAUGAAGCCAAUGCUCGACUUACCCUCAUCAUUCAUAAACAGAUGAAUUUGCUUGCUUGUUUCUACGCUUGUGUGCUAGUAUUAACAUUAACAACAGCCCAAAACACCACUAAAGUCACAAAGCCAGGAUGCACUAAGCAGUGUGGAAACGUUAUGGUUCCAUACCCAUUUGGUAUUGGCUCAGGUUGCGCCUAUGAUUGGGGGUUCGAGCUCCGGUGUAACACAUCUAAUGAUGGUUCACAGAAACUCCUCAUAGGAAGUAACAUUGUGGUGUACAACAUCACCGAUGCUGAAUUGCGUAUCUCCAAUUCAAUCGGUUGGAGAUGGUACAACUCUAGUGGAGCUGUGCACAGCGAAUCACCUGCUUGGACCACAUUUAUAGAAUCAACACCGUAUAGUUUCUCUUCGCUGAACAGGUUUACAGUAGUUGGUUGUGAUGAUUACGGUUCCAUCACAGGGCCUAAUAAUUUUAAGUACAGCUGCAAUGUCAGCUGUACAAGCGCAAGGGAUGUGAUAGAAGGAGAGUGUAUGGGAAAAGGCUGCUGCCAGACAGAGAUACCCAAGGGCUUGAAAUACUAUAACACAACCAUGUCUAGCACACAAAACCAUACCAAUGUUUGGUCGUUUAAUUCAUGUGGGUAUGCAUUUCUGGGCGAGGCAGAUCACUUCCAUUUCCGGGGCUUGCCAGAUCUAGCUGAUGAUCGAACUGUUGAUUAUUUGUAUGAGAGGUUUAAAGCUAAUGUCCCCAUUGUGCUCGAUUGGGCCAUCGGGAGUCUUAAUUGCACGCAAGCUCUGAAAACAGAGGAUUAUGCUUGCAGUGAAAAUAGCCACUGCAUUGAUUCUGAUACUGGUCUUGGCGGAUACCGCUGCAGCUGUAAUACAGGUUAUCAGGGCAAUCCUUAUCUCAAUCAAGGCUGCCAAGAUAUUGAUGAAUGUGCUGAUCAUCCAAAUAACAGUUUGUGUGAAAAGAUGUGCAUAAAUGUACCAGGAAGUUACAUUUGUUCUUGUCCCAAGGGAUAUACUGGUGAUGGCAAAAAGGAUGGUCGUGGUUGUAUUGCUACCUACCAUCAUCAGUUCGGAUGGAUCAAGUUCUCUGCAGGUAUAGGAGCUGGUGCCUUUAUAUCCCUAGUGGUUGGAAUAGUUUGGUUCUGUUUCAGAAACAGGAAAAGGAAAUUGAUUGAAGUUAGGGAGAAAUACUUCCAACAAAAUGGUGGCUUAUUAUUGAAACACAGAAUCUCCUCUAAUGACGGUGGUGUGAAAGCAACAAACAUAUUCACAGCAAAGGAACUCAAGAAAGCCACAAACAAUUAUGCCAAUGAUAGAAUUCUUGGUCGUGGUGGCCAUGCGAUUGUAUAUAGAGGUGUGCUAAGUGAUAACCGUGUAGUUGCAAUUAAAAAAUCCAGAAUUGUGGAUGAGAGUCAAAUUGAGCAGUUUAUCAAUGAGGUGCUUAUUCUCACUCAAAUCAACCAUCGAAACGUAGUGAGAUUCUUUGGGUGUUGUUUGGAAGAUGAAGUUCCUUUAUUGGUUUAUGAGUAUGUCUCUGAAGGAACUCUUUACGAGCGCAUUCACAACCCACGUGGAGGGAGUUGGUUGAAUUGGCAAAAUCGGUUGAGAAUCUCCAUAGAGACAGCGACUGCACUUGCUUAUCUUCAUUCAUUUGCGUCCAUGCCUAUAAUUCAUAGAGACGUUAAGUCUGCCAACAUAUUGUUAGACAAUGUUUACACAGCUAAAGUGGCAGAUUUUGGAGCCUCAAGGUUAAUUCCUUUGGAUCAAACACAUGUGGCUACAUUGGUUUUAGGGACAUCGGGAUACUUGGAUCCAGAAUAUUUUCGCACAAGUCAAUUGACGGAGAAAAGUGAUGUUUACAGCUUUGGAGUAGUUCUGGCAGAACUUUUGACAGGGUUGAAACCUAUUAUUAGAUGUAGAAACGAUGAACAAAAGAAUUUGGCUGAUUAUUUUGUUUGGUCCGUGGAUAACAAUCGCUUAUUUCAAAUUGUUGAUCGUGGUGUUUUGCGAGAAGGGAAUCUUGAACAACUUCAACAGAUGGCUGAGCUGGUGAAGAAGUGUCUUGAGUUGCAUGGAGAAGAUAGGCCUACAAUGAAGGAAGUGACUAUUGAGCUUGAAGGUUUGAGGAAGGUAACUGGAGUCUCUUGGUCUAAUCAACAUGGACUCAAAGAGGAUGAGUUAUCAGAUCUUUACACAGUUCCCAUCAACUCAAAUGGAAAUACUCCCAAUUCAGAUGGUUCUCGUAUAAUGCAUCCUACAUACACUCCAAGCUGAUCUAAAAUCUGGUCCACUAAUAAUGGCAUCAGAUUGCCUCUUCCAUGUAGAAUGUUCUAUUCGAGGUUCCUUUCCUUCAAGUUCCCUCUCAAUUUAGAUUUUUCUUUUAAGACACAGUGUUGGAUAUCUUUGCAGAUUAUAUAUAGCGAACCUUUUCAUGAUAAGAAUUAAUUUUUUGUUGUUGCUUAUAGACAAACAAAUUCCAAAAGUUAAAUCAUUUGAAACGAA